GAUGUUAGAUCUGAUAAAUGUUAUACCUGCAUCAGCAUGAUAGCACUGACUUUGACCAUCUCUGUUUAUUUGCUACUCAUUUUAGAAAUGGAAAGUCAUCAGCCUUUUUUUCUGUUUAAAAAUAUCAAGUCAGUCUUUUUGUUUUUUGUUGUAUAAGCAUAUUCGUGCUUUGAACUUACUGCUAACAAGGGUGAUGCUAACAUGCUAAUGCUAAGUAGUUAUUGUGUUUGCUAUGUUUGCCACUAUUUUAGCAUUUUAACCUCACAGCAUUUGCUAUUUAGAACCAAACCGAAGUACAUCUGAGACUGAUGGGAAUAAAUUCCUUAAAUUCUCUACCCUUAGGAAAAGAUUCCCACAUGGACGAGAUAAUAAGAUUAUGUAGGAGGGUUCUCUCAGAGAACCUGACUGCAGCUCCGAUUGCUGUCUGACUGAAUUGUGUAAUACAGAGUAUAUUUAUAAUGGAUAAAUGGAUGUGAGAGCAUCUGUUAACAUAUGCAGUCAUUGUUUCAUAUUAUUUCCCAGUGUAUGAUGAACAUAUUAUUUACUGUAUUGUCUACUGUGACAGUGGAUGGCAGAAUAAUUGGAUUAAAUAGGUAGCACACAAUCAAGACACCUGUAAGGGCUCCCCAGGUAUAUUUGGACACCUUUGUCUUGGACUGAAUGACUGGUUGACUGACUGACUGUAAUCUGGUUGUCAUGGAUACAGAUAUAGUACAUAAUGCACACAUAGACACACAGACAGCAGUGUGACUCCAGGGGUUGAUGUGCCUCAAAUAGAAAUGCAGAGAUGAGUCAUCCACCGAGCUACUGCAGUAGACGCACACACACACACACACACACACACACACACACACACACACACACACACACAGACACCUUUAACAGAUGUGUUUGGUAUGUGAGACCAUUAAGAUGUCAGACAUGUUUCCUGGUCAAUCUCAUUUCUUUCUGUCUCUCUUGCUGCCAGAGUGAUUAGAAAUCAGGAUGUAAGAUAACAGAACAGAAGUCUUGAAUAAAUAAUCAUAGUACUGGAUAAUAGAAAACCAAUGCAGCAGCUCAAGUCAAUAUAAAAUAAUCCAGGAGGUUAUAAAUUAGUUUUCAGUAUUUGCAUUUCUCCUCUUUCUAUGUAUUCGGUCUCUCUGCUUGUGAGUCAUACUGAGGCAGCCCUAAAUCUGCUUGAGGACACACAGAGCUGCUUACACAGAAGGUGAGGAUGAUGAGGGUGAUGAAGGUGAUGAGGAGGAGGUAGGAUGAAGGUGAUAAUAAAAUGAUUCAAUGAAAUAUUGUCAUUCCUGGAAAGGAAACUGUCAUCACUGCAGCAGCGAUUAGCUCAAAGGUGAGAAGCUGAUGAAUAUAAAACAUCUAUCUCAUGGAAAUUACACUGUAUCAAUUCAUCAUACAUUGUGCUGUCACCAAUCUAGAUUUUUUUGUAUUAGCAUCAGUUGCAAAAAGCCUGAUUUGUUGUGAUCGUUUGGUUUUUGUAAUCCGUGCUCUCCAGCAGUCAGUGACAUCCCAUUGCAUUGUGUUAAAACACUGGAACCUAUUCCUUAAGCUUCACUUAGGACUGCGCUGCUGAAUGGAACAAACAAGAGCUAUAAAUAGCAGGAGCAGUUUCAAUUAAUAAUAUCCACACUCACAGUGAAGUGGGAACAGUGAGCAGUGCAGCUUUUGGUUUUAGAGCAGCGUUUUUGUGAUUCUCCAAGACAUUUUCCAGGUGCGAUAUACCUCUAAAAUGCUGCAGUUGGAUGAAAACCUGAACUUAAGUGUUCAAAAAUUCAAAGUGUAAGUGUGCAUCUUUUCGCGUUGUUGCGCUGACGUAGUAUGUGAUCUCGGCAUUUCAAAAAUAAUUUUUUAGACAGAAAAUUAAUUUCCUUUGUUUGAACACACCAUUAAAGAUUUGCCAUCGUUUUUUACUCAGAUCAAAUAGAAGAUAUUCUGUAAGAUAAACUUCACAAAUUUCUCAGUUCAGCACUCGGCAUGAUGGGAAAUGUUGCUACAGUGCUUCAGUAGAUAACCUCAUUUUGAUUGGCUGUUAACCUGUUAAAAUAUGUUUAUUCUGAAUUUUGAAUUUGGCAACAGAAGUCAGUGAUGUUAAUGAGACAAAAAAUUAAGUGUAAGUCAAAAAGGAUUGGCAUGUAAUUGAUUUCUCUUCUAUUUACAAUGUUUGGCCUAUAAUUGUACAGACCAUAUGGAAAUCUUGCCAGGCAAAAAAGAAAGAAAAAAAAAAGCCAAAAAGAACAGAAAGAAAUAUUCAUUCAUUUUCAUUCCUUUAUUUUGAAAAUGUUUUAUUGCGGUUUUGUUUCUGCAUCCUCCUCCUUCCACGGUGGCAAAGUAACUGACAAUGUUAAUUCUAAUAUAACUGCUACAAGGUUUGUACAGCAUAGUAACUUGAUUCUCUGGAUGGCGUUCCAAUGUCUAGUCAGUAUUAGGUGUAUUCAUUGUAUGGCUAUAAUGUCUAUAAGGAUAUUCGCUUUCAGUUUCCGAAUUAGCCUGUGUGGAAAUUAGCCUUGCUAAAUGUUAAACCAACAGGCUAGUUUAACGGGCUUGCCUGUAUUAUUUUAAUUUUAUGUAAAGUUUACAGUUGCAUUCAGCCCGACAUAUUAUAGUGUAACAUUCAUCUUGUCAGUGCUCUCUGUUGGACAAACUCUGUAAUGAAGAUGCUGUUAAAUUACCUCAAACCUAUCGCUAAUACUAAUUUCCUGUUACAUAUAAGCUAAAAUCAGCUGAUUUAUCAUUCUUGCCAAUUUAAUUCGUUUUGUGGCUCCCCAUAUUGUAACAACAUUUAACAUUUGCCAGGUUUGGCUUCUUCUGAUAAAUGAACAAGACAAAGAGUCUACAGCCGUGCUAGUGGCUCUGUGAUGCUGUACUGUCUCACAGUUGUGGUUUUGCCUAAAAACCGUCAGUGCUAACAUCAUUAUGCCAACAUGGUCAUUUUAACAUCGUCUUUGUCAGCAUGAGCAGUUACAGCCUACAGAAACUCAGACUGCAUCAACACAAAAUCAGAGGAGGAGGAAGAGGUCACAGUCCCACCCACACUGUUUGAUUGACAGGUGAUCUCUGAGCAGUGCUGUGCAGAAACAUGACAGUGCUGAACUCCUCCCCCUCCUCCCCGACAACCUCCUCCACCCUACCCCAGAGCUUUAGGCUUACUGCUCUCUCUCUGUCUAUUUUUAUCUCUUACCCCUCCUCCUCUCUGGCAAGCUAUUUUCAGCUGUAGUCCCUCCAUCACCCCCCCAUCUCCUGUGUUAGUAAAUGCUCUUUUCCUACCCUCUCUCUUUUUUCUGUUCCUUAAUCUUAAAAAAAAAAAUAGCCAAUCUAACUCUAGAGACAUGCAACAGAGAAAGGAAUAAGGAAUGAAUAAAGUAGAAUGGAGUGAUUGACAUUACAGGAAUAUCCUCAUUCCCUCUCUUUCUCCCUUUUGGGUGUUGUGGCACUUACUCUAACCAAAGAAGCUGUUGUUGACUUUCUCUUCAUCCGUCUAACUUCCUUUCCACCCAGUGAUCUACUUUCAGCCUCUCGCUCCUGCUAACCCUCCUCCCUCUGCUCCCCCUCCCUCCCCCCUUCCCAACAUUCAUUCAGCAGCUCAAAGAGCGUCACAGUCACACUCCCGCAUACACACACACACACCAGUGGCUCUCAGACAGUGAAUAUUAGCUGUCUGACCAGGCUCGGCUCUGCAGCAGCCUGCCCAUUUUUUGUGUGUUUUCAGGCGAGGGUAAGAGGACAGCGUGUGAUUCCUGGCUGUUCAUUUUUCUGGGAGGAUUCUAUCUCGUCGCUCUUCUUCUCCAGCCCAGCCUUUCCUCUUCUUGUAUUUCCUCUCUUUUUUUUUAUUAUACUGCUCUUUCCCUCUCCCCCCCGUCCUUCCAUUUCCUUCUCUCUGUCAUUCUCUCAGCGCUUCGUUCUAAUUUUGGAAGCAUGGAACCUCGGGGAGCGCUCUCCCUAAGCUAUUUACGUCCUCGCCUCUCCUCCUCUUCUUCUUCUUCCUCCUCCUCCUCCUCCUCCUCUUCUCUCUCCUCUCUCUCUCUCGUUGUCCAGGAGGAGAGCAGCAUGAGGAUCCUUUGAUGCACGCAAGCAGGGGAAUUCGGCUUCUCCUUGUCUCUGUAUUUUUGUUGUGUUGUUAGCUGCGGGAAGUGGUGAAGAGGCUGCAGCAGUACCGCUCUCCAACCGAUCCCUUCCAUCACUUCUCAGCUAAUGAAAAUGCGCCGUUCUGCAGGCUGUGUACAGCAACGAGAUUUUAUUGUUUCCUCUCUGUUUUUGUUUGUCUAAUUCGGUUGGUAAAGACUAAGAGAAGGUUCAGUGCAGCGGAGGAAACUUUUUUCUUCCAUCUGCAGCAUACCACUGUCACUGUUUCAGGAGGCUGAAAAGUAUUCUGCAUGGAUCAGGAGCCCAGGUGAUGCAUAUCUGUCUGACCAGAAAGACACAUUUCAGGUCCUUACAGAGACUGUAUUUUCAAAAUUUGACUCUGUAAGCGAUUCCUCUUCCCUUUGUGAGUGGGACUCAUUCCACAAGCCAAGCAGAGGUGAGGAUUUCUGGAACGGGAAGCAGAGGCUACAACUUAAGCAAAGAGGAUUUUGUACUCCGACACAGUGAGUAGUCAUCACAGCACAAACGAGGAGCCGGAGUCAAAAAAUCUCCGGGAGAACUAAAAGGCAGAGGCUACCGACAAAAACCUAACUGAGACUGCAGCCUAACAGGAUACCUUCGCUGGAUUACACAAUAAAAGCACAGGAGAGUUUUAUGAGUUCACUCAGGAAUUUUUGAUGGAAUUCAUGGUAAUCUUUCAGUAAUCAGUUUUACAAUAGAAGAACAGAAAAUAUUUUAAAGUUUUGAAUUUUGAAUCACAGGAUGACUAAUCCAUGAUUCGUUUUUUUUUUUUAAAUCAUAUUUUGAUGUUUGUCUCUCCCCAUCCUUGGCAACUUGAAUCCUAAAGCCAUGAUGAUAUCUCGAAAAAGGAACUGAUUGGUGUUUUUUGUAGCAAAAUAGAGUGCUGCCUCUUGUCUUGGCAUGCUGUUGCAUCCCACGGUGUCAGGAUUGUGCGCCAUGUUGCAGACCAUCUAUGAGACUGAGUCCUGCUUUUCAUCUACCAGCACAGACAGCCACCACCAGCCUCUGGAGCUCCUGAGUGGCAACAGGGGCUCCAGUACUGCCAUGCCCACCGCUGUAGUGGAGGUGAAGAGCAGCCUCCCAUCGGGCAUGCAGAGCCCAGUAGGAACAGCCAGCGAGCAGAGAGGAGGAGGUGGAGAGGGUGGUGGGGGUCCAGGAGAAGGCCCAGGAGGAGGAGGUGGAGGAGGUCCAGUAGACCUGCGGACAGAGCCCAGGGUGGGGCCUCUCUCUGGGGGUGCGACAGUGGUGGACACAACCAUGAGAGAGCAGCAGCUCCAGCAGGAACUUGUGCUGCUCAAACAGCAGCAGGAGCUCCAGAAACAACUGCUGUUUGCAGAGUUUCAGAAAAAACACGAAGUGCUCACGAGACAACAUGAAGUCCAGCUGCAGGAGCACCUGAAGCAACAACAGGAGCUGCUGGCAGCAAAGCGGCAGCAGGAGCUGGAGCAAAAGAGGAAACUGGAGCAACAAAGACACGAGGAGCAGGAGAAACAUCGACUGGAGCAACAACUGCUCCUACUGAGAAACAAGGAGAAAGGCAAAGAGAGUGCCAUUGCCAGCACAGAGGUGAAGCUGAAGCUACAGGAGUUCCUUCUCAGUAAAAAAGAGCCUGGCAUUGGCGGACUGAACCAUUCCUUCUCCCCAAAGUGCUGGGGAGGCCAGCACACCUCCCUGGAGCAGAGCUCUCCUCCGCAGAGUAACACCCCAGGAACUCCUCCCUCCUACAAACUGCCCCCGCUGCUGGGGAACUACGAGGGCAAGGACGACUUCCCGCUCCGAAAGACAGUUUCUGAGCCUAACCUGAAGGUGCGGUCACGGUUGAAGCAGAAGGUGGCAGAGAGGCGGAGCUCUCCGCUCCUUCGCCGGAAGGAUGGAACUGUCAUCAGCACAUUUAAGAAGAGAGCCAUAGAGAUAUCAGUCUCCUCUCUCUGUAAUAGUGCUCCAGGUUCAGGUCCCAGCAGUCCCAACAGUUCCAAUUCAGCUAUUGCCAAUGGCAACACAGGAUCGGUUCCCAACAUACAGACUGAGCUGAGAUCUCUCCAUCAGACACUGGGGGCUGAUGGGACACUGAGUCCUCUGAAUCUCUAUACCUCACCCUCCUUGCCGAAUAUCUCCUUGGGCCUCCCUGCCAACACACACAUUACGGCCCCUCAGAAACUGUCUACCCAGCAAGAGGCUGAGCGUCAAGCCAUCCAAUCGCUGCGAGGAGGCGGAGCUCUAACAGGAAAAUUUCUCUCAACUUCCUCUCUACCUGCAGGGGUGGGGCAUGAUGUGGAUACACCACCCCCCAGCUCUCAUUCUGCCCAUUCCUCAUUAUUGCAACAUGUACUACUGCUGGAGCAGGCCAGACAACAGACUGCCAUGCUAGCUGUCCCCAUGUACAGCCAGUCGCCGCUGGUUACGGCAGAGAGAGGCGUGUCCAGUGGAAUGCGGGCGGUCAACAAGCUGCCUCGCCAUCGGCCGUUGGCUCGGACCCAGAGUGCACCAUUGCCACAGUCCCCCCAGGCCCUGCAGCAGCUGGUGGUGCAACAGCAACACCAGCACUUCCUAGAGAAACACUACAAGAUGCUAUCAAAGGGGACAGAGCUUCCUAGGCCACCACCCACCCACCCAGAGGAGACAGAGGAGGAGCUAACAGAGACCAAUGACAUGCAGGAGGAUGACGGAGGGGGAAGCGUUCACAGGCUUCAGAAAGAGGGGUCUGACGACAGCACACCUUCCUCUGAGCGACUUGGUGUGCAUGUAAAGGGUGAGGAGGAGCAUGGGGGUGUGCAUGUAAAAGGAGAAAGCACAGAGAGCGAGCUGGAUGAAGAGGAGGAGGAAGAAGACGUCAUCCAGUUGAGGGAGGGCGAUGAAGAAGAGAGGGGAGGCUAUACGCAGGCCUUGCAGCUGGGUGUGUUCCAGUCCUCGUUGGCCCACAGACCCCUGGGAAGAGCGCAGUCCUCCCCUGCAGCCACUGUCAAUCCCAUCAAACACCUCUUCACCACCGGGCUUGUAUACGACAGUUUGAUGCUGAAGCAUCAGUGUGUGUGUGGAAAUGCUCACAUACACCCAGAGCAUGCUGGGAGAGUGCAAAGCAUCUGGUCUAGGCUGCAGGAGACGGGCCUGCUGAGCCGCUGCGAGAGGAUUCGUGGGCGUAAAGCAUCUCUGGAUGAGAUCCAGUCGGUCCAUUCAGAGUUCCACACGCUGCUGUAUGGAACCAGUCCGCUGAAUCGACACAAACUGGACCACAAGAAGCUGCUGGGUCCAAUCAGCCAGAAGAUGUAUGCCGUUCUUCCCUGCGGAGGAAUAGGGGUGGACAGUGACACUGUGUGGAAUGAGAUGCACUCGUCGGCGGCAGUUCGCAUGGCCGUCGGCUCAGUCAUCGAGUUGGCCUUCAGAGUGGCAGCAGGGGAGCUGAAGAAUGGCUUUGCAGUGGUGCGUCCACCAGGCCACCAUGCUGAGGAAUCCACUGCCAUGGGGUUUUGUUUCUUUAAUUCAGUAGCCAUCACUGCCAAGCUGCUCCAACAGAAACUGGGAGUGGGCAAGAUCCUCAUUGUGGACUGGGACAUUCACCAUGGCAAUGGCACCCAGCAGGCCUUCUAUGGUGACCCCAACGUCCUCUACAUCUCCCUCCAUCGCUACGAUGAUGGAAACUUCUUUCCUGGCAGUGGAGCUCCUGAGGAGGUGGGAUCAGGUGCAGGUGUUGGUUUUAAUGUGAACAUAGCAUGGACUGGAGGAGUAGAGCCACCUAUGGGUGAUGUGGAGUACCUCACAGCCUUCAGGACUGUGGUGAUGCCCAUCGCUCAGCAGUUCAGUCCGGACGUAGUUCUGGUGUCUGCAGGCUUUGACGCUGUGGAGGGCCAUCAGUCUCCUCUGGGUGGAUACAAUGUCUCUGCCAAAUGUUUCGGGCAGCUGACGCAGCUGCUGAUGGGUCUAGCGGGUGGGCGCGUUGUUAUGGCGCUGGAGGGCGGUCAUGACCUCACCGCCAUCUGUGACGCAUCCGAGGCCUGUGUCUCUGCCCUUCUGGGAGAUCCGUGUGACUCUGUGUUUCAGUGGCCUCAGGAGAAGCCAUGUCCCAAAGCUUGGGCCUCACUAGAGAGAGUAAUAGAGAUCCAGAGUAAACACUGGUCUUGUCUCCAGAGUUUGUCUCAGACAAGUGGCCACUCGCUAUUGGAUAGCCCCCUGGGGGCUCAGGGGCAAUCAGAAGAUGAGGCAGAAACAGUCAGCGCCAUGGCCUCCCUUAGUGUUGAUGUUGAACAGCAGACCUCCGUUCUUAACAACACGGAAACCAGCAGGUCUAUAGAGGAGCCAAUGGAAGAAGAGCCUGUAUUGUAGGAGGAGCAAAACAGGAACCACACAAAAACUCCACAUUCACCUCCUUCUGGCACCUCCUCUUCCUCUUCCCUUUCCUUCUCCUCCGCAGAGUGUGUGUAGGUAAACACACACAUACACAGUGGAAUUGUGUCGUUGUAGAAUACUUCAAUUGUCUGAGGAGAACGGCAGGGUGAUGUUUUUGAAAAAGCAUCUCUUUUCUAUUGGUUCAUCGGCCCAAAGAGGAGCAGACGCCUUGUUAGCAUCUCUGUGGAAACCAGGGGAAGAGAGGGUCAGCAAGGAGACACAUCUUGUGACCUGUAUACUUCACCACCUGUACACAGCACCACUGAAUUUUCCUUUUCCACCGCCAAGUCACUCUUUUGUCCUUUUGUUUUGCCCCUACUGCUCUGUUUCCACCACGGGAUGAUGACCAUGGAAGAGCUAGACAAUUUAAAUGUCGUUAAAUAGUCAGACAGCAAGCAGACGACUUGUCUUCUUGUCUGUCUGCGAACUUGGAGUUGGCUUGCAGGAGGAGGAGUAACCUGUUUUAAAAUGAGCAGAGGAGGAGGAGGAACUAGGUGCCUUUUUUUUUACAAAACAAACCGUCAGAAACCACAAAACACUACCACCGCAGAACCUCAGCAAACCAACCAGCCAAUCAGGACUGAAGAAACACACUAAUGUACACACACACACUGCUGUUGUUUCAGUCGGUCAGUUCAUUUUUGAGUUUUUGUUUCUUCAUCUGAAUGCCUUAAUUUGUUCUUAUCUCACUAUUUAGCUACCUUGAGAGAGAUGGCAAGAGAGAGAGAAUCAGAGUUGAUAUAAAUAUAUAUUCAGAAAUGUAUUUAAA